GUUUGGUAGGGUUCCAAAGCUGCCUGUGGAUGUCAUGUUCAGUAACAUUGAGAGAGACAGUGACGUUGUUGAUUAUGACAAAUAUGUAAAGAGGUUACGAGAUGACCUGAAGGAAGCGCUCUCUGUCGCUCAGAAAAACAUCGAUGUCAGUCAGCAGCGUCAAACUGAUUUGUACAACCAAAAGACGAAGGGUCAUAACAUUGAGUUGGGUGAUCAAGUUCUGCUAGCUAACAAAGGUGAACGAGGGAAGAGGAAACUAGCAGACAAGUGGGAGUCCACGCCCUAUAGGGUAGUUGCAAUGAACCCCCAGUGCCACAUUUACCGCAUUUGUAACACCAAAACGGGUCAGGAGAAAACUGUCCAUCGCAAUUUGUUGUUGCAAGCGAAUUUCCUCCCACUUGAGCUGGAGGAGCAUGAAACAUCGGAGAAUAGCGGUGGAUCUGUAUUUAGCAGUAGAAGUGGUUCAAUGGUUGAUGUUGCUGGUAUUGAAUCCGAGGUGUGUUCCUUGUCUGAGCGAGUCGCCAGUUGGGUGGAAGAGACUGCAGCUUGUGACAAUCCUCAACAGACAUUAUCCAUUGUGUCUGAUAGUGCUGAAUCACUAAACAUAGCCCCUGAGUCAUCGGGACAGGAGCAGUGGGUUCCAAAGGAUGACUGUACUGAGGAGAACAGUAGCAUGGGCUGCUUGGAUGAAGGACUGAGUCCUGAUUUGCAUACUUCGCGUUCUGAGGCAGUUCUCCAUAGUGACUCUUGUAGUUCCGCUGCUGAAGUUGUCAAGCCACCUCUUGGUCCCAGAGAAAUGUGGGUUCGGACCAGAGUGGGUAGGAUUGUGAAACCCGUCAACAGAUUGAUAGAGAACAUGGCCCAAUCCUUCAAAACUUUUGAUCCAGUUGGUGGGAUUGUAAGAUCUUUAUCGGGAUGAGAAUAUAGAGUACAAUAUUGUUUUAUAUUAUUUUGAGUUUUAUGAUUAGUCAAUGCAUUUCAGUAUGUUAUUCCAGAUGAGAGACGUGGUUCGUCUGAGAUGAAUGGUGUUUAAGGCACCCUUUGCAGGUGAUUGCAGUAAGCCUGAUCAACUUGCCGUAUUCACCUUCCCUGUGAGUGGGAGACAUGUUUUGUUGCACAACUUUCUGGAUAACAUUAGGUCUAAUGACUCCAGCGUAUACUUAUCCCUAUUAUGGUUAAAAUUCGUGAAGUUCAGGGGGGAGAAUGUAACUGGUGUGAAUAAUACAUUGAUUUAAUCUUGCUUGUUUUGCUUUUCCCUUUCUUAUUUGUAUAAUUAUUAAUUUCAUUUUUAUUCUUUUAUUUUAUUGUCCAUGAUGUUUUAACUCUCUUCCGUUUUGUUUUAUUAGUUUAAUGAACUUCACGAAUUCUUGUUCUUCGGUAAUUGUUCACAAAGGAAAAAAAUGUUAAAGUAGUGGAACUCUGUUGCCGAGGCUUUGUUUGGUGGGGGGAGCGAUAUUAGCUGGACACUUCAGGCUUUCUCUGCAUGCGACGUUGAUUGCCUCAGUCUACCUGUGUGCGAGGCUAACGAGCGCAUGUGUUAUACGGUUCUCCCUGUGAAUGACUCUGUGUGUGUGCCAGAGAGGGAGAAGUUGUCGCCUGUUUCACCCCCUGAUUAUUUCUCCUUGUUGCAGGUAUGUUGGUUGUUUAAUUCUGCUUACAAAAAUCAGUUUUAGUUGAUUGUUAACAAAUGUGUAUUGUAUGUAGAGUGCUACAUGAGAGGAAAAUCGAUUUAAUGAUUCAGGCUGUGCGUGAUGCACGUGGUGUAGCUUACAUAGGGUAGGAGGCUAACGUACUGAAUGUUUAAUUUUAAUAUGUAAUGAAAACAGUAUUGAUUUAUUUGUAUUGAAGGGUUUUAUAUUUAUAUUUUUUCUUUUUUUCGUUUAUAGUAUAUUUUGGGAUAUAGAUACUUUAAUUAAUGUUCAAGUUAAUGUAACAUGUUUAUUGUAUUUCAUACAUUAUUAUUAAGUGAUACGACCUAUGUAUGUGUGUAUAUGUGUAUAUAUAUAUAUAUGUGUAUAGUAAAAUGUUAUAUCGAUAUAUAUACAUUGUAAAAUGUUAUUUAUUUCAGUUAUUACCAUUUUGUUUAUAUGUAUGUUGAUUGCCUCAGUCUACCUGUGUGCGAGGCUAACGAGCGCAUGUGUUAUACGGUUCUCCCUGUGAAUGACUCUGUGUGUGUGCCAGAGAGGGAGAAGUUGUCGCCUGUUUCACCCCCUGAUUAUUUCUCCUUGUUGCAGAAAUAAAGAAAGCACUGAAUUUCAUCCCUGCAUGGUCG